AAUGAAAAGUUGAGUGUGAAGACAGCAUGAUGCCACAUGCAGGCCACAUGUGGAUUUGAUGUUAUGUGAAUUUAUUAGCCAUCUUUGGAAAUUGGAAUGAAUUGUCACCUAUAAUAGAUGCCGAAAUGUGAAUAGGAAUCGACAUCGCUACAGGAUUCUCUCCUCGUCCAGCAGAGGCGCCAUGGCUGCACUUCUAUCGACCCGUCCUGAGGCUGGAAAAGUUCUAUAAAGUCUGCGAAGAAGACCCCGCCCGUCUUCUCUCUAAAAAGUUCGUGAAACAAGGAAAAAUUCUCCAGAUUUCAUCAUUCUAGAUUGUUUUGGGACAAGGCGGAGAGAUUGAACGCCGGUCAAAUUUGUUCCGCGUGGAAACAUCAUCGAGAAGGGGGCCGAGGAGAAGUCGGGCGGUGCCGUGAAGUGCAGGUGAGAUUUCGCUUCAACUUUCUCACGCCUCAUCAAAGAAGCAAAAACAGCCGGCAAAUUUCGUACAUAGGUCAGAGGUGUGAAGAUCAUCGUCAAAAACGAAGGGCAAUCGCAGUGAAGGCGUCAAAGGUGAUUGCCGUUCCAGUAAAAGCCAAAGAAAAACAACAACAACAACAACAACCUAUAGACGUGCUGGAAGAAGAACUUUACAAUGUCUUUUAGACGUCAGCACAGACAAGCUGGAACGGUUGGUGAAACAUCAUCACGAUGGGCGUGGCCACCGAUGGGAGGAGAAGGAGGUACUGUUGGUGCGGCUAAAGGACCCCGAGGCGGUAGUUUGAGCGCGCUGGACCUGCUGGAUCGCUCGGCCGAUGAGCCAGACGUUGGCUGGCCGCAGACGGAAGCGGAGCUGGCCACAUUUUAUCAAUCCAGCAUCAUGGAUCAGCAGCAGCGGCACCUGGAACCGCUCCGUGAAGAUUUGGCCGAUUGGCUCAACAAAAUCCUUGAUUUGGAUUACUUGACGUCGUCCAACUUUAUGGAUAUGCUGGACACUGGCGUCCUGAUUUGCCACCUGGCGCGACGCAUUCAAGCCAUAGCCAAGGACGUCGUUACGAGCCGCUCGAGGGCCCUGUUCGGCGGUGACGCCGCCGACGCUACUUCGAAAUAUGACGGUGCUAGUGCGGCCGCUCUCCUCAACGGCUCGUCGGAUAACGUGAAACAGGCACAACAAUACCUCCAAGCGCUCCUCAGGAGUGCCAACAAUCAAGCAAAUCUCCUAGCCGCAGCCAAGGCUGUGCCUCAAGGGAGGGUCCGGUGCUGGGAACGAGCGGCCAAGGGCAGCUUCUUCUCUCGCGAGAACGCCUGUAAUUUUUUGAACUUUUGUCGACAGCUGGGCAUCCACGAAAAUCUCCUGUUCGAGAGCGAAGAUUUAGUGCUGCACGGACAGCCGAGGAAUGUGAUCCUGUGCCUACUGGAGUUGGGGCGGGUGGCCGGUCGCUUGGGCAUGGAGCCCCCUGGACUGGUGCAACUGGAACGCGAGGUGGACCUACAAAUCGAACGGUACCAAUGCGGUCUGGAACAGAUGACGGCCAAUCUCCUUCGUCUGCGUGAUGAUAACGAUGACGAUGAUCACGUUGAUAAUGUUGAUCAUAAUAACCAUUCUGCUCCUCAAACCACCAACGAACCUUUAACCCCCUCUGAUGAUCGAAAGGCCAUCGCCGAGCCGUCAAACAACGACGUGAUGGGCCACGACGAAGCCGAACAAAAUCCUGUAGCUCACCUCAACAGAUCUCUAACGUACUCGGUGAAUGCGAAAUUGGACGGCCAUGACCACGAGUCAAUACUAACCCGGUGCGAGCCGCCUACGAGUGACGAUUCCCCUACACUUCUUCCGGUGAUCCGGACUGACGACAAUCCAGCCUGUCGUUCUCCCGUGUCACCGUCUCCGUCCAUAACCUCAACCACUUCUACCACCACGACUAACGCCAGCCAAACUCCUUCGAUUGUUUGCAGACAAGCCGAUGAGGUGAGUUCAUCUCCUUCUUCUCCGACCAACAGCUACGGCAGAUUGCCCUUCAGCCGGCCCAUCAAAAAUCCAUCCGAAUUAGACAAAAAGGUGGAGCACUUUUUGUUGAAAUCCCAAGCUGAGUGCCGGUGUGCGGAAAAGUACUGCGAUCGUCUCAAAAUUUACAAGAUAUCCGAAGGGCUCUAUCGAAUCGGAGACCGGAACGUCUUCAUCCGUUUAUUCAAGGAUCGUCACGUCAUGGUCCGCGUUGGAGGAGGAUGGGACACGCUUGAGCACUAUCUCAUCCGUCACGAUCCAUGCCGUCGCGGCCAUGACCACAGCCGCAGCCCUACUCCAGAGUGCGGAGGCCGGCCAAGGCUGUCUAACGGAACCAUCAGUCCGGUGGGCCCACCGCUUAUGACCAGCUCCACUCCCUGUCUGUCACACGAGGCGAGGGGCAGGACACCGGAGAAAAUUAUAAUGACGCCGACGACGUCGACGACCAACGUCGGAAGCAACGGUCGCAGGAGGUACGUCGGUCGCAGUCUCACUAUGGAUCUAAAUCAGCAAAUCAACGCCCAUUUUAGCACGAAUUCGAUCGGGACGACGCCAACGAGCCGACGGAGUUCCACAACCUCCAACUCGGCUUCGAGUUUCACCACGCAUACCAAGCUGUCCACCUUGACAGCAGCCUACAAGCAGGAAGGGACUCUCUCACCUACGGGUCUGACACCUACGGCACUGACACCGGAGCUGAGCAAAACGACUGGCUUCAACUUCGGAAGAGCUCCGAUGAUUCCCGGACGGAACGGUUCUUUUAACGCUGGAAAUAGCGUCAAACGAUCAAGACCCACGCCCGUCUACAACCGUUCACGGACCACCGAUCUGUCCGACUUGGCCCGACGCACCAGCGCUCUCAUCUCCCCCUCUCUACGCUAACGACUUCAUGUUCUUUCAGGUUCCUUUAUAGUUACUAACAUAACGUAAAACAACUACUGGUCUAAUGGUAUACAACACAUUAGCGUCACUGUCUUCUUAAAAAAAUAAUAAUAAUAAGGAAACAAUACGUUUAAACGUUUGUAAAUAACCGCAACUAACACUUUGUGUGUGGUUGGCGAUCCUGGUGAAAAGAUCCUUGAUUUCAUCGCCACUUUUAGUUAAACAUUACCAAAUAAUAAUUCGUCGUGGCCAUAGUUGCACGUACAUAAUGACAAGAUUUAACUCUGUUCCUCUCUGACCGUCGGUGCCAGAUCUGUUGAUUUGUGUUCUGUUACAAUAACCAUUACAAGUUGUCUCACCACUA